CUAAUCACUUGACAACAUUCUCACCUAAUUCAAUUGUAGAGGUUAAGAGUACACAAAUUUGCCACUUACUCUCAAAUCAAACAUAAUUAAUUUCAUUACAUUUCUAUACCACUAUUUUAAUUCAUCUUCCCCCCCUCCCCCACCUUAUCUUUCACAACCACCAAAUUGAACCCCAUAAGCUCUUACAACCCAACAAUGGCGUCGUCAGAAUACACCUUAUCAGUGGUCGAGAAGCUUCAAGAAGCCAAAAGAAACUCCGGGAAAUCAUACACUCAAAUUGCUGAAGAAACUGGUCUAACCAACGUCUAUGUAGCCCAACUUCUCCGACGUCAAGCCCAUUUGAAACCCGCUACUAUGCCUAAACUUCGGGCUUCUCUACCACAUUUGACAGAUGAUGAUAUUGAGCAGAUGAUGAAGCCUCCUUUUAGGUCAUUUGAUCCUGAUUUGAUUCAAGAACCUGCUAUUUAUAGAUUGCAUGAAGCAACCAUGCAUUUCGGGGAGAGCAUUAAAGAAAUUAUCAAUGAGGAGUUCGGUGAUGGCAUCAUGUCAGCCAUAGAUUUCUAUUGCUCGGUCGAUAAGGUCAAAGGUGCUGAUGGCAAGGACAGGGUUGUUAUUACAUACGAUGGGAAGUAUUUACCAUACACUGAGCAGAAAUCUGAGGAAAUGCUAUCAAGACCGAGGAAAUAAGGAAAAGAAUGCGUGAACAUAAAUUCAAUGAACUCAUUUGCUUUGGCGACUUGUUUAUCGACUCAAUAAUUUCGAAAACUUUGGUAUGUAUUACUGUAUUUGCUCAAUCAAUAAAUGAUAGUAUGAUUUCAAUAUGUCAUGUAUAUGCUCCUGGGGAAACACUUUCUAUUUGAGCUGCAAUGAUAUAAUCUUCUCAUUCGCGAA